AUGUGGGUCAAGGGACGGAAAGUCGGUGUUAUCUUAGCGUCCUCGUUGAGCGAUCUGAGCUACGAUGUGGCCGUGCUGGAGAGAGCCCUUCGGACGAAUGAUGUCGCCAAGGUGAAAAAGUGCUUUGAAAAACAUCGCCAUCGUUUCCAGCUCAUAGAUCGUCCACCACCGACGACACAACAACAACAAGCCUCCACCAGUAGUGGAGGGGAUGCUGGUGGAGGGGACACCGCCGCGGCACCACUCGCCGGCCCGUCAAGUAGACCCAGCAAACCAAGUGAGAUUACCAGCGCUGCCGAGCUGGAAGAAAAUCCCGUCGUGUUCACCAACGCGCUCCAUCUGGCCGUCGAGUGGGGCGCGAAUGACGUGUUGCGCUUCUUACUUCGCGAAAACGUCGACCCGAACAAGGAAGGCCGGCUACCGGACGCGUACGACAUGUCCGUCGCGGGGUCGCGGUCCGCCUCCGUGUCGGCGUGGGGGUCCGGGUGCGUGUUUUGCCCCCCCAGCCCGAAAAAUAUUAGCCGCGACGUCUCCCCAAGUCGGGAAGGUGGGCGCGUUUUUUCGCGAAAUUCGAGCCGCAACGUGUCCUCCGAAUCGUCCCGGUGCGUGUCCCCGUCGCCAUGCCGGGACCGCUUGUGGUCUACGAAGGGUACCGGGACGGAGCAGGGGCAACUUGAGAGUAAGGCCGCUCUGAGGCGGGAAGCGUUCAAAAAUGUGGCCCGCGUGGAUGACAGGAACGACUCGUCGAACGGGGAUCAGGAUUACGCCCCGCAGAAUAAUCCGUCGGAAGUGAGGCCGAUUAUUUCCGUGGUUUAUUGCGCGUCAGAGGAGAGGAGGAGGUCAAGUUCGGCGAGACCGAGUCAGGGUGAGAUUGUCUUUUCGGGGAGUAGUUUAGGUGGUGGUGGGGGUGGGAGUGGGGGCGGUGGGGAUCAGGAUGGGGGGGAUUGGACGCCAGGUGGCCAACAACGCAGAAUGAACCGGCGAGUCAGCUGGGUAUCCAGUUUGCGCGAACCAUCGGAUCGCAACCGCGGCAUGUCGCUGGCAGGUCGCCUCCGCCGCCAAAAAUUGCGCCUCCCGCGCCAACGCAGCUUCUCUCUCGAGUCUGAACUGGAAUUAAGAACGGUGGCGAAACGGGCCGUCGGGGUGGCGGGAGCGUUGGCAAGUAUUCGCGAGGCGAGGAGGAGCAUCUCGCUGAAAAACAGUCCGCUCCACUUCCCCUGGCAUUUUCGGCGGGAAUCGUCCUCUGCGAUGCGGGAUGGUGGCGUUUUCGCGGAACUGAGGCGAAGUUCGGAAAUUUUUAGAAAUAUUCUACUCUCCAUUGCUGGCAGGGACGAGUCGACACCGACAGAUGAGGACCAAUGCGACCUGGACGGAAAGGACUUAAGCUUUUCCUCCCUUUUGGCGGCCCACGGGCGGCGACGGUCCGAACGGAGCGUGUCUUAUUCCUCAUGUUCCUGGUCGGACGUGUCCAUCGGGUCAGAAACCUUGCCAAGAAAGCCGCUCAGCGUGAAUCCCGCCAUUUCCAAGGGGCUCCUCGUCGUCUCGAUUGAACCGCGCGGACGUGAAGUGACCUUUGCGGAGCACUACACUUCCGCCCAGUUGAUGACGUUGCCGCCCUUGUUUUUAGCGGCGUGCAGGGGACGAUGUACUCCGGUCACGUUACUGCUGCAGUACGGGGCCAAGCCAAAUAUUACGGACUCCUUGGGGAAUAGCCCCCUCCACUUGGCCGUCAUACAGCUGCCCACCCCGUGGGACCCGGUCCUCGACUUGAUGGAGGCUGGUGGCAAAAUCUUGAUCCGAAAUGAGCACGGCGUCACCCCGGUCGACCUCCUCCCGCCCGUCGCCCGCCUCCAGAAACAACUCGUGGCCGACUGCUGGCUCGGCAUCGUGCUGGAAGACGCGGCCCACAUGACGGAACAGUCGGAACAGGGUGCUCGAGAAACGGGAUCACGAUCAAGCCGCCUCUUCAAAAAGUUGCAUGAAGCUCGGCACCACAGAAGUGAUAAAGCCGGAGGAGCAGGUACCGAAAACCGGACGGGGUCCAUGAUCCCCCCUGGAGUUGGGGGGCCGGGUGGUGGUGGAAAUGGUACCGGCGGGAAAAUGGGGGGAGGUCCAAGAGGCCCAGAAAUUGUGGGAGAUUAUCCCUCCACUGGAACGAUCGAGGGACAAACGCCCGGUGUCACGACGAAUCUGAUGAAUAGAGGAAAUCGGGCUCCCGGCGGAGUGGGAGGUGCUCCCGGUAUUACGAUGGCGGGGAGCGGUGGUGGUGGUGGUGGAGGUGGUGCGGGAGACGACUGCAGUUCCACGACUGGGGGAAUUACUGGUGGUGCCAUAAUCGCCGAGUCGAAAAAGAAGCUCAAGAAGAAGAAAGAUAAGAGCAACAGUAAAACGCAGACGGAUCCAGAAAUGCAGUAUCCAAUUAAUACCAAGCGGUAUUACGAUGUGACUCUAUGA